AUGCGCCCUCGUCAAACGUUUCCCAAGGCCGCCGUGCGCAAGCACAAGAUCAUUUUGGAAAGUAUCACGCAAGAGAAGAAGAAACUCCGCAUUGCGAUUUCUUUUGAGACCAAACCGCCUCCAGGAUACACGUUUAUUCCAGCAGGAAACCCGGAGUUCACUAACGGGUGCAAGGAGUUGUGCCGGAAGGAUGGAUACAAAGUUUACACCGUCUCGACAACCCCCCAUCAACGAGUGCACGAUCUUUCUCAACAUGUCCAUAGGAUUGGUUAUCAUUUCCCUAGUGUUGUGGUGGCUUCAAUAUGCAUGGAACGGGGGUUUUUCCUCUCAUCCAGCGGGAGAGUGGUAGCGUAUCAAAACCAGCGCCCUGUGCAGAUCCAAGGUAACAAAAGUGCAAGCUCGGAGCAGUCACAGGAAACCAUCAACGCAGAGGCGAGGGACGCAAUUAAAGAUUUGUUCCCUAACAUCCCUACCAAAGACCUGAACCAGAUUGUAAAAACAGCUUUUAAAAAGGAAGCCAGAGCGUCGGUCGAAGAACCCACCCUUGCUAAACUGGUCCUGUGGCGAGGCGAUGAUGAAAACGGUACAACUGUACUUGAAGAUGUUUUCCGUGAAGUCAUCGUUAUAUCUGACGAUGAAGACGAUGAACGAGAUGGUGAAGAGCAGGCGGUGGAAUUACCACUGCCACCUCCACAACCUCGCCCUCAUCAUGAUAUCCCUAGAGAAAGCAUGGAGCUAGUUUCCAGGAAUACCACAGAGAGGCAGAUUCCACUCAAUUAUGGAACUCCGAGGGAUAGCCAUUUUGUUACCCGUUCUUUCGCCCCACAGAAUUCCAAACAGAACCCGUCUACUCCCAGCGUGAUCACUAUUGAUACCCCUAGCCAACAUUCUGAACGGAGAACCAAUGACCACAGAGGGUUCCGCAGGUAUGAGGCAUGGGACCGAGCAAGAACUCGGUAUAGCCAUCUUGUAAACGGAGCUGUUACUACCCCUGCUGUGCCAGAACAACGCUCUCCACGAUACUCACAAGCCGAACCACGGCAGGGAUUCCCCAGCAGGGGGGAAGACCACCGAGUUCGGCUAUCGCCAUCUAUGGAUUGUUCAGUUAUAAGAGCUACUGAUAGUAGAACCAGGAGAGAUGUUAUUACAGAUCAUGCCCAACUUGCCAACCCAUACACGCCAAGAAGGAUCACGGCUUUGAAAGACACAGAGCCUGAGGCGAGACUCAGCUAUCCUCCAUCUGGGCUUGCUCACUCUGGGCUGUCGUCGGCGCCUCCCCAGUCCCAAACGGGGUCCCGUCUUGAGUCCCGAGAUUACCCCAUUAUUCCAUCGAUCGAGAGCCCGAUGGCUCCGAUCAGCCGGCCGGAGAGGCCGGAUAGCAUCCCAAGAAACAGCCCAAGGUUGACAAUGAUGAUGCCCGGCUCUCCAGCAUCCCAGCAUAUGAGACCCACUGAGAACGGACCUCCUCCCUCGCAAUUAGACAAACAUGCAAGGCAGCAGGAAAGACACUGGGAUGGCUCCAGGUAUUCUCGUGUCGUUGGCACUCCCCAAAGACUGCUGCCCGCCACUGUACGGAAUGAAAUACCGUCCUACAAUAACCAUGUAUCCCAUCUGGAUGAUCCAUCCUGGAGUCCCUUAUCUGGAGGCCAGCUCCACCAACACCCGCAGUCCCAACCGCUACAAAGCUUAGAGAACAUGACACGCUCUCCGUUACUGGAUAGGCCGAGGGUUGUGCGAGUAGCCCAGCCUGGUCAGGCCAACCCUGAGCAGCGAUACGUCCACCACCAUGUGGGAGAGCAUCACAACAGGGAGCGAGGCGUAGUAUCAUCGUCCUCUCACCAGUCAGCUAUGGCUGUGGCUAACCCAGCAGAUGCACCAAGAAGGAUAGCUUCACGGUAUCCGUACCCUGACAACCCAGCAAUAGUGAUCCGACAGAGACAUAGCCUGAAUCCCCGUCUGGUCGCCUAUCCUACAGAUACCGACAAACGUUUGGCACAGGUUCGCGUAUAUGAUCGACCUGUGGAAACUCGGACUUCUGUGGUAUGUAAUUACAAGGGACAGUCAAAUGAAGAAGCGAGACGACCUGACUCCUCCUUAUUGAUCUACCUUUCUUUCUAUUCCACCCUCUGGAGAUCUUCCCUACGAUACUCUUUUCUCUUUGAUCCUCCCUGUCUUGUGUCCCUUGUAAUAUCCGUGCUGACCAAGUUAUAUCUUGUAAAGAUAAAGCAGACUCAGAUGGAGGAUGGCCGGCAUCAUCAUCAUCAUCGCCAUCAUCAUCCAGCAGGGAUGACACCUGUGGAAAACCGGGAGCCUGCUCUCACGCAGGGCGACAGUAGCACCAACCGCUAUGGCUAUGCCUAUGUCGAGAAACAGCCUUAUACAUAUAUAGUGGACGGUGAUCGGCCACCCAGGCCAGCGCCAGAGCCAACAGCAGCAGCUGGGUCCUCCUAUCCUAGUGCUGCCUCCGCUUUCCGGUCUUAUCGCUCUCCUCCACCGCCGACGUCGAUACGCAGCUCCGAGUCGUCGGCCAUGACCUCUACGCUCACUCGCACCUGGACCGCGCCCGAGCUGGGCCCUUCAAACGGCCCCAUCCGCAGCCAGCAGCCAUACACUCACCGGCCGUUCCUAUAG